UCUUCGACUUUUUAACUCGAUCAGCAUCAUGGGACUCAAAGCUGCCUCACUAGGAGAUAGCAUUGUAAACACUCUUGCUGUGGCAAUUGCAGCAUCGGCUCUCACAGCAUCUUCAAUAUUUAUCGUACAACACUUCAAUAAACGGGCUCGGAUAAAACGCAUAAAGAGAGAUAUAUCUAACUCCAUCCAAAACUCCAUAAACCACCUCGAUGAAGCGACAGACAUCGCCCGAGGAGUCACGUCAAAGAAGCCUUUGACCACUGAUGAAGGCCUGAUACGAGAGCAGCUCGCCCGCAAUUACGCAUUUUUAGGGGAAGAGGGAGUGGCAAAGAUCCGAUCGUCUUUCGUUAUAGUGGUUGGAUUAGGGGGCGUAGGAAGCCAUGCGGCACAUAUGCUUCUACGAUCUGGAGUUGAGCAUCUUCGUCUGAUCGAUUUUGACCAAGUGACACUCUCGAGCUUGAACCGUCACGCUGUAGCGACGCAGGCCGAUGUUGGAACGCCCAAGAGCACAUGUCUGAAGAAGCAUUUCCUCGACAUUGCCCCUCACGCCAAAAUAGAUGCGUGCAUGGAGCUUUUCAAUAUUGCGGCUGCCCCGGAGCUGCUUAGCGGCAAUCCGGAUUAUGUUCUUGAUUGUAUUGAUAACCUCAAUACCAAGAUGGACCUGAUUAAAUAUUGUGUGGACAGCAAAAUACGGAUAAUCUCUUCUAUGGGUGCCGGAGCAAAGGCUGAUCCAUCACGUAUACAGAUUGCGGACAUUAGCGAAACCUUUGAGGAUCCCUUGGCUAGAGCUACUAGAAGAGGUCUAAAGUUGAAAGGAGUGGAAAGCGGAGUGACCGUGGUUUACUCUACAGAGAAGCCUGGUGCGGUUAAACUGCUACCUUUGGAGGAGGAGAAAGUGCAGGAAGCUGAUGAGUACUCAGCUUUGCCAGACUUUCGUGUUCGGAUUCUUCCUGUUCUUGGAACUCUCCCCGCACUAUUUGGCAAUUGCAUGGCAUCUUAUGUCAUUACUGAGUUGGCCGGUUGGCCUACCAAUCCUCUGGCCAUUAAGUUACGGGAGAAAACUUAUAUGCGGUUACACAGAGAUCUGGUCAAUAAGGAGAAGGAUGGUUUCGGCGCAAGUGCCAAUAUACCGUUUAACGUAUCUGAUGUGGGCUAUAUUUUUGAGGAGAUAUGGCGUGGAAGGAGUGCACUUUCCGGCACCUUUGACAAACUUCAGCUCAUUCGAUGGGAUGUCACCAAACCCGCAAGUUUCCAGAACGUCGUCUGUUUAACACGCCACGAAGCAGAGAAGCAUGAAAAAAUCCUGCCACACGAGCUAGAGAAGCAUUAUUCUCCAGAGUUUAUUGAGUUUGUCCAAUCCCGCUUCGCGGAGGAAAGAAAGAUUAAUAAAUGGCGGUAGAUUCAUAGGCCCAAGGAGGAUGCGAAUGAAUUAACGAGUGUUGCAUAAAGUGUCGGGGAUUUGCACUAAUACAUGGUAGAUUGAAGUCCA